AGUGACCAAGUUCUCGUUUGGUGUGAGAACCACAGACGCUGUGCACAGUGCCUCCAACCAUGCAAAGAGCUUUGGGAAUCCAAGAAGGUGCCUUCUCUCAAGUCCUGUGAGAAGCAGACAGAGUGUGUGACCAGCAGCGAGUUUCUAACAUCUCUGAGGUCAUCCAGACAGGGUGACUGCCCUCCACCUCAACGUGCAACGGGUUUUGCAGCUGCCUGUGUGGAAAGCUGCUCGCUAGACCGACAUUGUCCUACCCCUAGGAAGUGUUGCUUCAAUGGAUGUGGACAAACAUGUCAAACACCAGCCAAUCUUUACAAAGGCGUUCCCCUGAAACCCCGCAGAGAUAUGAGCUUUGUGGAAGAUCUGCUGGGUCGGGUAAAAGUGAUGUGGAUGUCGAAGUUCAAUGUCAGCAUAGAGCCGGUCGUUUACGUGCUCCAAUCACGCUGGAAUACAGGCAUUCACCCCAGUGAAGAUAAUGCGUCCCCAUGGAUCACUGUUGCCCUGACACUUUCUGAGGAGGCACUCCUGUCAGAUGUGAAACCUCAGCGUUGGUAUCAGUUCAGAGUGGCGGCAGUAAACAGUCAAGGCAGCAGGGGCUUCACCACACCAAGCAAGCACCACAUCUCCAAUAAAGACCCGUCAGCUCCAGACCCUCCAAUAAAUAUUCGGGUAAGCAACCAAACUCUGGUUGGGAUGACUUCACUAGCAGGAUCUCACUUCACAGAAAGGUCAGGGGGGAGUGGAAUCACUGUGACCGUCUUAAUACACUGGGACCCCCCUCAGGAUGGAGACUUGCCAGUCCACAACUACAGAGUCACAUGGAUGUCUCGACAUAGGACACAAAAAAACACACACCUAGCACAUGCAAACAUGCAUGAAUUACAUAACAACAUGCGAAACCAGUUUACACAGCCACAUGCACACCAGGAGAGUAAAAAAAGGAGCAACAGCAGGGUGACCCAGGGGGUGCAGUGUGAUGUGUGGCUACAGGGUCUUCGUCCUGAAACUUCCUACUUCCUCUCUGUACAAUCAGUGGCCUACUGGGGUCAGAAGAGACUAAAGAGCCCAAGAGCCCACAUUGUCUUUACUACAGUCCCUUGUAAAGAUUCAACCAAAGGAGAAGACUUCACUAAUGAGCUCCCCUCGGCAUCUUCCUCAUCGUCCCCAUCCGCGUCCUUGGCUCAUUCCCUCUCAUCCUCUUCCCCAUCCCCUCCUGAUCUCCCCCCUUUGUCUUCCCUUCCUCAACCUGAAUCUCCUCUUGACACUGUCAUCCCUGGUGACCUUCGCCUGGAGGUUGCUGCCCCCCAUUACCGUAGCGGUCAGCUGCAGGUCAAGGUGUUCUGGAAGUGGUCUAACCAUGCCAGAAAUCGUCACGCUGGUCCAUACAUUGUGCGAUGGCACCCACAUACCUGCAGCGCUAAUGUUACAAGCACCGAGAGCAGAGCAAAUGUGCAGGGUACGCAUUACACCGUUGAAGGCCUUCUGUUUGCAUGUAAGUACUGGGUAGCUGUGGCAAUGAAGGGUGAUCCUGAGUCAGAAGCUGUUGCCUGGGUUACGACCCCAACUUGCUCCUCCCUCAGGGUCAAAGGAGGCAAAGCCUUGCCCUGCCGCACCAAAGAGCGCCCCACAGCAGGCAGAAAGCUGAUACUGCGCACAGAGCGCCUGACGGCAGAUUUUCAACGACUCGAUGGUACGCUACUGGCUGUGUUUCGCUGGAGGGUAUCUCAACACGCACUGGACAUGGCAGAGGUUUAUGGGUUCCAAUUCACUUGGACUCUGCAGUCAGGUGUAACCUUGGAAGCAAAAAGCCAUGAGGACACGCUUAUCUCUCAGGCGCAGACAAUUGCACCGUCUCAGCGGGCAGUGAUAGUUCAUGGCCUCCAGAGUGACAGUGUUUACCAGGUACAGCUUCAGGUUUUAACAAGCGGAGAAAGCAACGGCACUGCAGUCUUCAAGACUUUUCACACUCCUGCAGUGUGAGGUCCAAGUGCUACCGGACUCUACUGCACCACUCGUGUGUUCGUUCCUGACAUAUUCCAAACUUUCUUUCGAAAUACAACUGGUUUUAAUUGAAGUAGUAAAAUGAGGUAGCAUGUGAACAUUUUCCUUCUCAUCUUGAUUGCCUGCCCCUCUGCUUCUCUUAAAAUCAGACGAGAAAGCUGAUAUAAGUGUUGGGGUGUUUUUUUUGUGUUUGUUUGUUUUGUAAUCAUAAAUAUAUCAGGCUACAAUACUUUUGACAAGAAAUUUAAACAAUAAAUACAACUCUACAUA